UAGAUAUGGAAAGGGUGAGACCCUCUCAUUUACAAUCUGUGUGGUCUCUAGAUUGUGAAUUGUGAAGAUGGGAAAGGCAUUGUUGUUGUUUUUGCUUGUAAUUGGUGUGUUGGUUAUAGGGUGUGUAGGUUCUUCGCCGGAGAGUAGUGCCGGAGGGCUUAGAAGAGAGAGCUUUCCGAAGGGGUUCGUGUUCGGAACGGCGACGUCUGCAUAUCAAGUUGAAGGCAUGGCCGACAAGGACGGUCGAGGACCCAGUAUCUGGGACGUCUUCCUCAAAAUUCCUGGGCUUGAAAUCAAUAAUGCUAGUGGAGAAGUUACUGUUGACCAGUAUCACCGUUACAAGGAAGAUAUUGAUCUCAUGGUAAAGUUGAACUUUGAUGCCUACCGUUUCUCAAUUUCAUGGUCCCGGAUAUUCCCAAAUGGAACUGGAAAGGUAAAUAAGAAGGGAGUUGCUUACUACAAUAGGUUGAUCAACUACAUGCUCAAAAGAGGCAUCACCCCUUAUGCGAAUCUUAAUCAUUACGAUCUUCCUGAAGCUCUCCAGAAGAGGUACAUGGGAUGGUUGAGCCAUAAAGUAGUGAAAGAUUUUGCCGAUUAUGCGGAAUUUUGUUUCAAGACAUUUGGAGACAGAGUGAAGAAUUGGAUGACGUUUAACGAACCUAGGGUAAUCGCUGCACUUGGGUACGACAAUGGGUUUUUUGCACCGGGAAGGUGCUCUAAACCAUUUGGAAAUUGCACGGCCGGAAAUUCUGCAACCGAGCCUUACAUUGUAGCCCAUAAUUUGAUCUUAUGUCAUGCAGAUGCAGUUCGAAGAUACCGUCAAAAGUAUCAAGAAAAACAGAAGGGAAGAAUUGGCAUUCUCUUGGAUUUUGUUUGGUAUGAACCUCUUACAAGAUCAAAGGCCGACAAUGAUGCAGCUCAAAGAGCAAGAGAUUUCCAUGUGGGAUGGUUCAUGCAUCCCCUUGUAUAUGGUGAGUAUCCAAGAACAAUGCAAGAAAUUGUUCGAGAUCGGCUGCCCAAGUUCACAAAAGAAGAGGUUGAGAUGGUAAAGGGCUCGUUUGAUUACGUCGGUAUCAAUCAAUACACUGCUUAUUACAUGUAUCAGACCAAACCAAAAGCCCUGGGCUACCAGCUGGACUGGCAUGCUGGAUUUGCUUAUGAACGAAAAGGUGUUCCAAUUGGUCCAAGGGCAUAUUCUUAUUGGCUGUACAAUGUACCAUGGGGUCUAUACAAAGCUGUGACGUACAUAAAAGAGCAUUAUGGGAAUCCUACUGUUAUUCUGGCUGAAAAUGGCAUGGAUGAUCCGGGUAAUGUGACACUUUCCAAGGGUUUGCACGAUACCACGAGGAUCAACUACUACAAGGGGUAUUUGACAGCAUUGAAGAAGACAGUUGAUGAGGGAGCAAAUGUGAUGGGUUAUUUUGCGUGGUCAUUGCUUGACAAUUUUGAAUGGAGAUUAGGAUACACUUCCAGAUUCGGCAUUGUUUAUGUCGAUUUCAAAACCCUCAAGAGGUAUCCUAAAAUGUCGGCCUAUUGGUUCCAGCAAUUACUUCGCCGAAACAAGCAUUAAGCGAGAGGAAGUGUUGCUUUUUUGUGCGUCUCCAAUAAAUAAUGUCCAACCCAAGGACUUUGUUGUUGUAAUGGAUUUGUCUGUCCUUCUAGAGUGUUAUCUUAAUGAUUGUUUGGUAAGAAAAACAAUCAGAAUUUCUGUCAUUUUUCUUAAGCAAGAUAUGAUUGUCGGUAAAA